CCGGCUUCACCCUCAGAGUAAGAGGGGACAGGCAGAGGGUGUGGACGAGGUCCAAACGCCCCACAGCCUCUCGGCCCCUCGCCACAGAGGCCUCGGAGAGCCGGGCGAGGGAGGAGCGUUGGCAGCAGAGGCCGAGGCCCAGAUCGGUGCGCCGGCAGUGCGCACGCGCAUCCGCACCCGCACGCCGGCCGUCGGUCACGUGACCCCCGGCCCGUGCUCGCGAAGCCGGAAGUGGCCUGAGGCACAAGGAGGCCGCUGGAGCCCGCUGGCGGUGGCGCGGCGGAGACCCGGCGAGUAUAACAAGAGGAUCACCUAACCACGCCGAGAUGCAGAGCACUUCUAAUCAUUUGUGGCUUUUAUCUGAUAUUUUAGGCCAAGGAGCUACUGCAAAUGUCUUUCGUGGAAGACAUAAGAAAACUGGUGACUUAUUUGCUAUCAAAGUAUUUAAUAACAUAAGCUUUCUUCGUCCAGUGGAUGUUCAAAUGAGAGAAUUUGAAGUGUUAAAAAAACUCAAUCACAAAAAUAUUGUCAAAUUAUUUGCUAUUGAAGAGGAGGUAACAACGAGACAUAAAGUACUUAUUAUGGAAUUUUGUCCAUGUGGAAGUUUAUACACUGUUUUAGAAGAACCAUGUAAUGCCUAUGGACUACCAGAGUCUGAAUUUUUAAUUGUUUUGCGAGAUGUGGUGGGUGGAAUGAAUCAUCUCCGAGAAAAUGGCAUAGUUCACCGUGAUAUUAAGCCAGGAAAUAUCAUGCGUGUAAUAGGGGAAGACGGACAGUCUGUGUACAAACUCACAGAUUUUGGUGCAGCUAGAGAAUUAGAAGAUGAUGAGCAGUUUGUUUCUCUGUAUGGCACAGAAGAAUAUUUGCAUCCUGAUAUGUAUGAGAGAGCAGUGCUGAGAAAAGAUCAUCAGAAGAAAUAUGGAGCGACUGUUGAUCUUUGGAGCAUUGGAGUAACAUUUUACCAUGCAGCUACUGGAUCACUGCCAUUUAGACCGUUUGAAGGGCCGCGUAGGAAUAAGGAAGUGAUGUAUAAAAUAAUUACUGGAAAGCCUUCUGGUGCAAUAUCUGGAGUACAGAAAGCAGAAAAUGGACCAAUUGACUGGAGUGGAGACAUGCCCGUUUCUUGUAGUCUUUCUCGGGGUCUUCAAGUUCUACUUACCCCUGUUCUUGCAAACAUCCUUGAGGCAGAUCAGGAAAAGUGUUGGGGUUUUGACCAGUUUUUUGCAGAAACAAGUGAUAUACUUCACCGGAUGAUAAUUCAUGUUUUUUCGCUACAACAAAUGACAGCUCAUAAAAUUUAUAUUCAUAGCUAUAAUACUGCUACUGUAUUUCAUGAACUGGUGUAUAAACAAACCAAAAUUAUUUCUUCAAAUCAAGAACUUAUAUAUGAAGGACGACGUUUAGUUCUAGAACCUGGAAGACUGGCACAACAUUUCCCUAAAACUGCUGAUGAAAAUCCCAUCUUUGUAGUAAGCCGGGAACCUCUGAGUACAAUAGGAUUGAUAUAUGAAAAAAUUUCCCUCCCUAAAGUACAUCCACGUUAUGAUUUAGAUGGGGAUGCCAGCAUGGCUAAGGCAGUAACAGGAGUUGUGUGUUAUGCCUGUAGAAUUGCCAGUACCUUGCUGCUUUAUCAGGAAUUAAUGCGAAAGGGGAUACGAUGGUUGAUAGAAUUAGUUAAAGAUGAUUAUAAUGAAACUGUUCACAAAAAGACGGAAGUUGUGAUCACAUUAGAUUUCUGCAUCAGAAACAUUGAAAAGACUGUGAAAGUAUAUGAAAAGUUGAUGAAGAUCAACCUAGAAGCAGCAGAGUUAGGUGAAAUUUCAGACAUACACACCAAACUGUUGAGACUUUCCAGUUCUCAGGGAACAAUAGAAACCAGUCUUCAGGAUAUUGAAAGCAAAUUAUCUCCAGGUGGAUUGCUGGCAGAUACAUGGACCCAUCAAGAAGGCACUCAUCCAAAAGAUAGACAUGUAGAAAAGCUACAAGUCCUGUUAAAUUGCAUUACAGAGAUUUACUAUCAGUUCAAAAAAGACAAAGCAGAACGUAGACUAGCUUAUAAUGAAGAACAAAUCCACAAAUUUGAUAAGCAAAAACUGUAUUAUCAUGCAACAAAAGCUAUGACCCACUUUACAGAUGAAUGUGUUAAAAAGUAUGAGGCUUUUCUGGAUAAGUCAGAAGAAUGGAUGAGAAAGAUGCUUCAUCUUAGGAAACAGUUAUUAUCCCUAACUAAUCAGUGUUUUGAUAUUGAAGAAGAAGUAUCAAAGUAUCAAGACUAUACUAAUGAGUUACAAGAAACUUUGCCACAGAAAAUGUUUGCAGCCUCCAGUGGAAUCAAACAUACCAUGACCCCAAUUUAUCCAUGUUCUAACACAUUAGUAGAAAUGACUCUUGGUAUGAAGAAAUUAAAGGAAGAAAUGGAAGGGGUAGUUAAAGAACUUGCUGAAAAUAAUCAUAUUUUAGAAAGGUUUGGCUCUUUAACCAUGGAUGGUGGCCUUCGCAAUGUUGACUGUCUAUAGCUUUAUAAGAAGUUUGAGGCAAGUUUCAGUUUGCACAAGAAAAUAAUGUUGGGGCAUUAAAUGAAUGCCUCUGUAGGUGGUCUCUUGUUUUUACAUUUCACUAUUGGAUGUGGUCUUGUAAAUAUGUACAAUACUGUAAAUAUAUAAAAAAUAUAUAAAUUUUUGGCUGCUAAGAUGUAAUUUUACUUUUUAACAUUUAUAAUUAUAUGAGGACAUUUGACCUCAGUGAGCACUGAGAAGAAAGCCAUGACCGAUACGUUGAGAUACUUACUGAUCCUCGACUCUUCUGAGUAAGGCCAGCUAAGUCAUAUAUCUCUGACUGCCUACUGGAAACAUUUUUAAGUGGAACCAAAAUUGGCAUCCUUACAAAUCAGUAAAGGCUGAUUGUUAACACGUUUAUAAGUGAUAGAAUGGAGAGGUAGCUUUUGUGAGUGGGGAGCAGAACCGAACCACUGUUUUACUAGGAUCCCAGUUUUUUUGAGAAGGAUAAAGUGGCAUUAUCCUAGUUAUCCUUGUAUCUGUUUAAUUUCAGGUAAAUUAUUGAGCAAAAUUUUUGAAGUGAUUUAAUUAUUAAAAACUGUUCAUUUUUAUUUUGGCCAUAAAUGUAUAAUUGUCAUAAAAAUUUUAGGACCAUUUCAACUGUUUUAAGCUGUAUAUUUCUUCUUUACUUUAAUUCUGCUUACUACUUUAUGAAGAAGUAUCAAUAAAUUUCUCAAUUGUAAUGUAAA